AUGGUUGAACUGCCCCGCACGAUGCACAACGCUCGUUCGCUUAAAUUCUUAUCAGUGACGGAAUCAAAUGUUCGGCAUCUGGAUUUGGCUAAAUUUUGUGAUUUGGCGCUUCUAGAGACGAUGAUAUGGAAAAGAAAUAAGAUACGUGGCAUAGUGAAUAGCGCUACAAGACCGUGCGCACUGUACGGUGCGCUGAAGUACCUAAAAUUGUCGGAAAAUAAGUUAAAAACACUACAGCUGCAGUUGUUCGCUCCGUUCCAGCAGAUAACACAUCUGGAUUUACGAAAUAACAAAAUACAUUCCAUUACCGGUACACACCGAACGUUGGUAACGCUACAAAUAACCGACAAUAAGCUUGCGGAGUCAGCCCUCUGCCGCUGGAACCUUCCGCGUGCGUCGAUCUUAUCGCUGCAAAAUAAUGUUGUAAGCAACGUACCCCCUUGCUUACAAAAUUGGAAACACAUCCAUCGAUUCUCUUUAACAAGUAAUGAACUGUCGAAUUUUUCCAUUGAGAGUGUAGCAAACAUGGACAGCCUAGGCGAGCUGUCGCUUGCCUGGAAUAAGAUAGAGUUUGUUCAGCUGAGAAGCUACCAGUUUCCAAAGAAUCUGACAGAACUUAACAUGAGUAAUAAUCGACUGCACCAACUCGAUCUGUCCCUAGUGCCGGUGCCAUCUUUACGGGUAAUUGUUGAUUGGAAUUUCAUUACCACGUUCGAUGUUAACGCUACCUCACCCAAUGUCAGUGCAUUGGAAAUGAGCAAUAAUCCGAUCGCAUGUGCAUGGAAAUCGCCACAGGAACGGAACCGUGUGCAGUGUAAGCAAGUACUAUUUAGAACCAGACGGAUUCCUGUACAAUAA